AUGCUGACUUCAUGUUCAUGUCGUCUUAUUCUUUUCCAUGCCCCUUUGGGCUUCACCUGCUCGGCUUCGCCGCGCAAUGGCCGUGGUGCUGAGCGCCAAUUCCACAUCUAUGCGUUCAGAGACAAUAUUAGCGGUCUACAGGUAUUCUAUGCGGACGUUACGGUCUCAAGCACAGAUGAAUGCAUGUGGCUUGCGCAUGAUGACUCGGAAAAUACCACCUGGUCAACCAAACCUCUCUACAUGGCCGAUGGAGGGUCCGGUGAGGUUGGGUUCAACUCCCCGAACAGUGCAGACAAACUUACCGAUGUUUGGUGGACCAACGGUCAUUAUGUCAAGGCUAAAGUAGACGAAGCAAACUUUUAUGCUGAGCCUAUUUCUGGUGCCAAAGGCUGGUACACGUAG